UGUGCGUGUUCCAUGCCGUCGCGAGCCUCACCCGCCGCUCUGCGCGAUAAAGGCUUUUAUCUGAUAGGGUUUCGUGCCUGUAAGAUAAAUUGGCGAAGUGCGAUUCGGAUAACUGGCCUCUGUGUGCCGCAGUUCGUGUCGCGUCUGAAAGCCUUGUGCAUCUUGUGUCUGUCCAUUGCUGGCGGAAUAACAUCAUUCGCGCCUGAAGAAAGGAAACUAGAAGUGGUCAGUUGGAGUAGUUUUGGGACCAAGGCAAUGGAGUGCCACAUCUGCAUGGAGGAUUUUGACUCGACCCUGAGACGGCCGAAGUGCAUCGUCCCGUGUGGCCACACUGUGUGCCAGCAGUGUUUGGGGAAUUUGAAGAACCAAGUGUGCCCAGUUUGUCGGAAGGAAUUUUCGGGGCCUCUAACAUCGCUGCUUGACAACUACGCUGUCCUCAAUUUGGUCGAGAACAAGCAACGCCCCAAGUCACCUAGCUCAACUUCGAUUCCAACUAACAAGUGAGUAAACUGAGUAAAAUGAAACGAUCUGUAUCUUUUCAUUUGGAAAUCACUAUCCUUAAGUAUGUUCUUGUCUCGGUUCUAAAUGUUAGUAAGUUCGUAAAAUGUUUACUCACGUGUUUACUUACCGGGAAAGAGUCAUAAACAGGACUACAAUUUUGGAAGAGGUAUUCUUAACCCAAAUUUAGGUGAAAAUCAUUUUAUCACGCGAAUAACGUAGGUUUCCUCACCCAAAAUCUGGGUGACUACACUGCCUAGCGGUAGAAAUAGCUAUACCGUUUUUCGCCACAAAUUUUGGUGAGGAUCACCGAAAUUUGAAAGACAAAAAGCUUCACACAAUUUUUAGUGAUAUAGUAUACCUUGGCUUUGUUGAAGACUGUUUCAUUUUCAUGUGGGCGCAGCAAGAGGACGCCACAAAGUAAUCCCUUGA